AUGUAUUUCACCUUCCAGAAGAGGUUUCCGGACAAUAAGCUACUCAAGAAUAAUCCAAAGCCCAUUAAGUCGAUAGUUAUUCCACUAACAUCAGCAGGCACCCCAGAGAACAACUCGAAUGACCUGGAGAUACAGGAGGUGGCUCAUUUCCACCUUAGCAUGCCCACCACGUUCCACAAGAACAGCUGGAGGAGGCAAGGAGACUUCUUACUGGUCAACCCCACUGAGGACAAAGGAGGAAAGGAUAAGAUGAGCGCAAGGAUCACAUCCACCAUCUGA